AAUUUGAGAUAUAUAUUUUUAAUAAGAUGUUUAAGGAAGAGUAAUACCUUAGUCUAUAAUAAUUGAGAUUUCUUGAUUUAGUAAGUGAUUAGUCUAUACUUAAGUGAUAAUAAUUAUAGAUCUUUCGAUUUAUUAAGUGAUCAAAUAAUUUGAGAUAUAUACCUUAGUCUAUACUUAAGUGAUAAUAAUUGCAGAUUUAUUGAUUUAGUAAGUGAUUAGUUUAUACUUAGUGAUAAUAAUUAUAGAUUUUUCGAUUUAUUAAGUGAUCAGAUAUAUUUUUAGUUGGAUGUUCAAGAAAGAGAUAUUAUUAGUGUAAUACCUUAGUAUAUACUUAAGUGAUAAUAAUUGCAGAUUUUGUUCACACAAUAACAAAGUGACAGCAAGUGCCUAGUUAAGAUACAGCCAACAUUUGUCCCCCUCUGGCCUCUGUGUUUUCCUCUCUUUCCAUUUUCUGCUGAUUUUACUCACUGAAAAUUUGCUUUUCUUUGAAAGCAAAAAAAAAAAAAAAAUGGCAAGUGGGGGUGGUUAUGGAGAUGCAAGUCAGAAAAUAGACUAUGUUUUUAAGGUUGUUUUGAUAGGUGAUUCAGCUGUAGGGAAGUCACAAAUGCUAGCUCGUUUUGCAAGAAAUGAGUUUAGUCUUGAUUCUAAAGCAACUAUUGGUGUUGAAUUCCAGACAAGAACACUUGUAAUUCAACAUAAGUCUGUUAAAGCUCAGAUCUGGGAUACUGCUGGUCAAGAAAGAUAUAGAGCUGUCACGAGCGCGUACUACAGGGGAGCAGUUGGAGCGCUGUUGGUUUACGACAUAACAAAACGUCAAACCUUUGAUCACAUCCCACGUUGGCUUGAAGAGUUACGUUCGCAUGCUGACAAGAACAUCGUGAUUAUGCUGAUCGGAAACAAAACCGAUCUUGAAGAUCAACGAGCUGUUCCUACCGAGGAUGCUAAAGAAUUUGCACAGAAAGAAGGAUUGUUCUUCUUGGAGACAUCUGCGCUGGAGGCUAGAAACGUCGAGGACGCCUUCUUAACUGUUUUGACAGAGAUCUUCAACAUUGUGAACAAGAAGAAUCUCGCCGCGGGUGAUGAUCAAUCAAAUGGUAAUCCUGCUUCUUUAACUGGAAAGAAAAUUCUUGUACCUGGUCCUGCACAAAUUAUCCCAGAAAAGAAGGCAUGUUGUAGAUCUUGAGAUGUUCAAUUUUUUCUCAACAGCAAAAAAAAAGGAGGGAUCUUGAUAUAUUGGGAUUUCGAGUUUCUGUUUCAUUCUUUGAGUGUUGUUAGAUUUCAAAAUUCAUAUCAUAGUAAUUCUUGAGUCUUUUUGUUUAUAUAAGUAUGAUGUUAGUUUUGUACUGUUUUAAUGAAAGGAAAUGGUUAUAUGGUUGCUUUUUA